AAUGCCUCCAUAGGGGAGCCUUUGCCUCUUAGAACAGGACCUGUUGAAAUGGAUGUCUGGCGUCAGCAUCAGCUAGAACAACGGCGCGCAUUUCUGGCGGCAGCCACGAUAUGCGGCGAUUCUGCAGUAAAUGCCAUAGAUCGAAAAAUCACGAGGUCAUUGUCUAGCCACAGGUUCUUCCUUGAAUCUGAUUCUAUAGACAAUCAGAUAUCCGAUCUUUCCUUUAUGCCCAAUACUACAGAGGAGUUUGAGCUGGCCGUCAAGAAUCAGCCACAUUGUGCAGCUUGGUGGAUCGCUUUUAUGCGUCACAAACUCUCGUCAGGCAAGAUCCAGCAGGCUUCUUCCCUUUCUGGUAUGUUCUCAGAAUCAAGAGGCCGUUGUUUGGCCGAAGUGCGAACUGUAGCCGAGCGAGCGCUUCUUGCCUUGUCAUCUAUUGAAAACGUAUCGGAACAGCCUCAAAGAAGAACAAAGAAUUCAAGGUCAACAGCCAACGUCGGUAAAAUGUAUUGUGGCCUCAUCACACUUGCUAUUCACCCCGACCCGCUCUCUUUCGAUCGUCUAAUCCGACUCGGGCCUCCAAUCCGGAUCCCUUUAUUGUCUCGUAGACCCGUUCCUUCUCUUUCUGUUUGA